GUCUUGAUGCAAGGCAGGGAGUUGUAUGCUGCUCGGUAGAGGGAUUAAAGGAAGCCUUUUCACUGAAUGGGAUGAGAGGACACCAUUUCCUCAUGGCUAGGGGCUGAGGCAGAGACCGUUCCCCCCACCCUGAGCGAGAGCAGGGUGGCUGGGUUACCAUCGAGUGGACUAUUGGUUGACGGUACUUGGUCUGUGCUCUGAAAUUUGUGAGAUGUCAGAAGAGCCGCAGUUUUCCAGGAUGGAUCAAGUAGCGAUCCUAAAGUCUUUUAUCCAGAGGGUGCAGGAAAUGGAUAUGAAAGAUCACAAUGGAGAGGAUAACUUUGCGUGCGAUUUUAUGAAACUCAGAAGACUGUCAACUAAGUACAGGACUGACAAGAUUUAUCCGACAAUUAAUGGUGAAAGAGAAGAAAACGUUAAAAAGAACAGAUAUAAAGAUAUUCUACCAUUUGACCACAGCAGAGUACGACUUGCACUAAAAGUUCAAUCGCAUGAAUCCGAUUACAUCAAUGCAAAUUUUAUCAAGGGAGUACACGGGCCAAAAGCAUACAUUGCUACACAGGGACCAUUAGCAAACACAGUAAUAGAUUUCUGGAGGAUGAUUUGGGAGUAUAACGUUGCUAUAAUUGUAAUGGCUUGUCGUGAAUUUGAAAUGGGACGGAAAAAAUGUGAACGAUAUUAUCCUAAUUAUGGAGAGCAACCUGUAACAUUUGGUUCAUUUCAUAUCUCUUGUGAGAGUGAAGAGUCUAGAAAAGAUUACUUUGUCAGAACACUGUUAUUGGAAUUCCAGAAUGAAACCCAUACAAUUCAUCAAUUUCAUUAUGUGAACUGGCCAGACCAUGAUGUUCCAUCAUCAUUUGAUUCUAUUCUGGAUAUGAUUGGCUUAAUGAGACAUUACCAGGCUCAUGAUGAUGUACCUCUAUGUAUACAUUGCAGUGCCGGAUGUGGACGGACUGGAGCAAUUUGUGCAAUAGAUUACACGUGGAAUCUGCUGAAAGCUGGCAUAAUACCAGAAAAGUUCAAUGUAUACAGUUUAAUUCAAGAAAUGAGGACCCAACGACAUUCAGCAGUGCAGACAAAGGAGCAGUACGAGUUGGUGCACCGUGCCAUAGCCCAGCUAUUUCAGAAGCAGCUGGAAGUGUAUGAAAAUGAGACAGGGAAAAUUGAUGGCUUGGAGGACAACAACAUCGAUGAUAAUAUACCUUCAGAGAAUGAAAAAACAGACUCUCCACCUCCGAAACCCCCAAGAAUCCGGAGUUGCCUCGUAGAAGAUGUGAAGGAAGAAAUCCUGCAGCCCCCUGAAUCCCAUCCUGUACCUCCCAUUUUGACUCCAUCACCACCAUCUGCCUACCCAACGGUCACCACUGUAUGGCAAGACAUUGAUCGCUAUCAUCCAAAACCAGUUCUACACAUGCAGUCACUGAAUAAUCCAACAGAUCUGAAUGAAAAUUAUAGCAAAUCUGGAGAACUGAUAGGGAAGAAUGAGCAGAAACUUGAGCGCAAACUUAGUUUUGAAAUAAAGAAAGUCCCUCUCCAAGAGAGCCCUAAAAGUUUUGAGGCGAGUGCAGGUUUGCAAAGAGGAUUUGGCAUAAAAAUGAAAUCUGCUUCCUCCUAUGCAAUUGAUCAGUCUUCAAAAAUUCCAGCAUCUGGCUCUUUGGAGUCUGUAGUGGGCUUGCCUUCAAACAUCUGCACUGAUUGUACAAGUUCCAAGCCAUCAAAACAGUUCCAAGGGGUUUCACAUCAAAGAGACUCUGAUCCGCCCUCAAGACCAGACCAUUUGCCACUGGAAAAAGGACUUUCAGUGUCUUCUGGGAUGUGUAAAAAUGUGUCUUCCACUGCUGAAAACCCUUUAGCUUUGUGCCCUUGUUAUUCUGGAAGUACUAGCACUGUCCUGUCCUGUCCAACCCAAAAUCAGGCUGAUGAUCGGAGUACUCUUUCACUUAAAGCCCCACUGUCCUUUACUAACCCUCUGCACUCUGAUGACUCUGAUAUAGAAGAGGGAAAUUGUUAUGGAUCGAUGACAAAGAGUUUGUUGAACAUAUCAACCGCAAGUGCCACUGUAUCUGCUGCUUCGGCAGUUGAAAACCCAUCAACUAGGAAAGUAUUACCUAUGUCAAUUGCUAGACAUGACUCGCCGAGCCCAAAACACCCCAAAGCUGAAAAAAGCUCCAAUGUCAGUGAUAAUUCUAGAGCAUUUCAAGAUGUCCCUUCACAAAUGACAUGACGGAGGUAUUGAUUUGUGACUCCAAGACUUGCUGUUCCUAGAAAUGUCCAUGUAGGACACAGACUGAUCCCACCCUUAAAGUGGACACUGGAUGAACCUGCAGAUAUACAACCCUCUUUGCUGGUGGAGAAACUAGUAACAAUACACUGAAGAGACAUUGCUGUAGCACAGACAAUAAACGUGCCACUCUCACAGCAAAGUAUUCCAUAACUAUCCUGUUCAUUCAGUUGACAUUAACAUACCUGAUGGUUCUACUGUACAAUUCCAUAUCUGUUGUUAUUAUUUAAUAUGGGGGAAUCUAGUAUCAAAUGCAAACAACUUUAUAUGCUGGGAGCAGAUACCUGCCUUAUAUAACACUUAGGUUAAAAUGAAAAAGUAUUAUAUACGAUUUUGUAACAUAAAGUAUUAUUGCCUUAAUGUCUCUUAACCCUGUUACACAAGCUGCUUGUAGAUUUGUUAAUAUAGUCAGACUUUCAUGAUAGUUUCCAGACUACUCUUUUUGCUAUUUUUUGAUUACUAUGUACCCAUCCUUUUGUAUUUGUACAAGGCAAGCAGGUGUAUAUGCAACCCCAUGUCAGUCAUAAACUAUUCACAGAACAUGUAAGAAAUCUCGGCAUUGUCUUAAUCUGUUCUUUAUCCAGAAUGUAAAUUAUUGGCCAUGAUAUUAUUUUGUUUUUUUAAAUUGUCCGAGCUGGACAACUGAAUUCAUCAGUGCAGGUUAUAACCGACACGAUUGUAAUACACUUUGUAAAUUGUAUGCUAAAAGUUAUUUUUAUAUUAUACACAAUCUCCUGGUUAAGAA